CUCCGCCGCCUGCUGGCGGCGCGCCGCUCCCUCGAGCUCUGCGUCUUCGCCUUCUCCAGCCCGCAGCUCGCCCGCGCCGUGCACCUGCUGCACCGCCGCGGCGUCCGCGUGCGCGUCGUCACCGACGCCGACUACAUGGCGGUCAACGGCUCCCAGAUCGGCCGCCUGCGUCUGGCCGGGAUUCAGGUGCGCCAUGACCAGGAGAGUGGCUACAUGCAUCACAAAUUUGCUAUUGUGGACCAGAAGGUGCUUAUCACUGGCUCCCUCAACUGGACCACUCAAGCCAUUCAGAGCAACCGUGAGAAUGUGCUGAUCGUGGAGGAUGCAGAAUAUGUGAAGCCUUUCCUGGCAGAGUUCGAAAGGAUCUGGGAAGAGUACAAUCCAGCCAAUUACACAUUUUUCCCCAAAGGAAAGAAACAGAAAUAAUCAAGCCAUUCCUUGGAGCUGGAGGAAGCCUUGGCAAGUGACAUCUUUGCAGCAAGCUCAUCUGUAUUUAGUUUAUAGCUAUAAAGACCAGCACAUUAUGAGCUUCCAGAGAUUCCCACCCACUGGGCUGCAGUAUAGUUCAACUUCUCUGCAAGAGUGUAGAAGUCAGAGUCAAGUUCAUUGUGAGCUAAAUGAAAGUGCAUAACCCAACAUCCUGGAUACAUUAUUUUGUGAGCGUUACACCAGCAAGGGUCUGUUGCAACUCUGGUGGUGGAGUUCAAGGUAGUGGCUCAUUCAUUGACAUUUGCUGGAGCAGGACGGGAAGCAAGGUACGUCUGGACUGUUUAAAUAAUCCUGAGUAUUUCAGCAGUGGAACAGCCGUUUAUCUCCUUGUGGCGUAGCAGAUACCAUUCCUCGUGCAGGCCAUUGUUGCGGGGGCAGGUAUAGAGAGUCUCAGGCUAGUAGCAUAA